AUGGAAAAGAAAAAAUCCACUAAAUUGGGAGCAAGCAAUCGACAGUUUCACACUGAUGAAACAAGAAUUCCAGAUUAUGAGAGGUCAAGAUUGCAAAGGAUCAGAGAAAAUGUUCUAAAAAUGCAAGCUUUAGGGCUGCAUGAAAAGGCUAUGUCAUUGAUGGGUCGAUAUCAAACUGAAAAAGGCAGCCGUGGGAAAAUUAAUAAAAAGAAAGAUGCGGAGGAAGAUGAGAUAUAUAGGCCAGACCAAGAUUCUGACAUUGAUGAGCAUGAGCAUGAUUCUUCUUUUGAGGGGACACGUAUCAAGGAGACUUUAAGUAAUCAAGGCUCCAACUCUAAUCGUAAGAAGGUAAUUACUUCUAACUGUAAUUGA